GCGCACAGAGUCAAAGCGUCCCCCCACUGAGAUAUCACUGUAAAACAUUAAAAAUAAAAGAAAAAAAAAAAAAAAAAGAUAACUCCGCCGAAAAACACAAGUAUAAAAAAAGUACAAAAAAAAAAUAUAUAAAUCAAGAUAAUAAAUAAUUGUUGGUGUUUAUUCAUCAAUAGUUUGUAUUUAAAUCCGCAAUAAUUCCACGAAAACAAGAAAACAUGAAGAAAAACAAGGAAGUGUCUGAUGAGGAUGAAUAUUCAGCAGACGAUCCUGAAGAGGUUGAAGGAGCAUCAGAUGAUGAAUGGACUGGCGAGGAUGGUGCUAAAAAAAGACCAACAAGAGCAGCUAAAAAACGUCAACAUUCAGAGGAAGAUGCUGAUGAAGAUAUUGAAGAUCCAGAAGAAGAAUCUGAGGAAGAAGAGGAUGAAGAUGAUGAUGAUGAAUCAGAUUCAGAUUCUGGUAAAAAAUCAAAAAGAAAGAAACGUACUAAGAAAGAUGAAUAUGAUGAUGAUGAUUCAGAUGAUAAUAAUUUUAAUGAUACAUCUGGAAUACCACCAAAAGAUUAUACGUCGGGUGCAUUUGUGGUUGCCAAAGCCGACGUUGGAGGAGACACCGAUCCAACAUUGUGGAGGAUAGAUGGAAAAGCACUUUUACAAAAAUAUUUACCAUUUAAAGAUGAUGGCAAGACCAUGUACAAAAGCACAUCAACUUAUUCUGGUUGGUCUGUUAAUAACAAGGAUAAAUAUUUGGCAGCUCAAGUGACCUUCAAGGUACAAAAUAGAACUGAAACAAUUGUCGAACUUCAUCUUGAUCAACCAACACAAGAAGUCGUCAAGUAAGACUUGAUUAAACAACAACCAAUUCAAAAUUAAAAAGUUGUAAUAAUAAUAAUAAUGAUGAUGAUAAUAAUACCACCAACAAUACAUAACAGAGUCCAUUUAUCUUCAGAUUAUUUACUCACUUGCUUAUUUACUUGAUGAUUCUCUUUUUUUAUUUUUAUUUGUAAUAUUGAAUCAACAACACUUGUUGAAUAUUUUUUCAACAAUAUUAAUUAUAUAAUUAUUUAAUAGUUGUAUUUUUUUUUUUUUUUAUAUAUUUUUUUUCUUGAUUCCAAAGCGAAGAUUAUGGACUCUGAUUAAUAAUUAUAAUAACAUUUUUAAAAAAUAUCAUUAUAUACUUUCUUCCUUCUUCGAUUGUUGUUGGCUGCAAUUUUUGUGUAAAUCAUUUUUUUUUUUUUCUUUUUUCCAAAAAAAUAAUACAGAAAUUCAAUUUACAAAGCAUUUAUUUUUUAUCAUUUAAGAAAUAAUAAUAAUAAUUGUAAGAAUGAAAUAUUAUGAAUGAAAAAUUAUAAAGUUUUUUUUUUUUUUUUUGGAUUCGAAAUUACGUCAUGAUAUAUUGUAUGAUUUUUGAGUUUCGAAAAACAACAAACUAUAUUUUUGUUUUUCUAGUUUAUAUAAUGAUGAAAAAAUAAAAUAAAUCAUGCUGAUAAAUUUUUUUUUUUUUGUAACCAUUAUUGUAUUGUAUGCCAAUUGAUUGAUGAAAAAAAAAAAAACUGUGUGAAAUUUAAAUUGUGUUUUUUUUUUUUUUUAUUCUUUUCCUAUUUAAAAUUUAACAAAAUAAUAUCGACAAUAAUUAGAUGAAAAACAAGAUAAUUUAUUAUUGAUUUUUCUUAAAUAUCAUUGGUAAUUUUGAUUAUUGGUAUUAAAUUUUAUUAACACGAUAAUUUGAAAAAAAAAUAUUAACUAUUAUUAAAUCAUUUGAUUAGUAAUAAUUGACUUGAAAGUUUUUGAUUUAAAUAUUUAACAAAAUAAUAAUAAUUACAGUAUAUUCUCUUAAUAUUUAAAAAUAGUAAAUUUGUUUAAAUAUAUAUAUAACAAAGAUAAAAAUAUAUGUUUAGUACUAAAUUUACAUUAGGUCCUGAUUGAUAUGUCAUUUUGCAAAAAAAAACAAAAAUCAAUUAAUUAAAAACCUGGCUCCAUUCUAAUUGAUAAUACAUUAUUUAGCAUUUCUCUUAUUUCUGCCAUUUCACGUCGAUUUUUAACAACCAUAUUUUCAAGUUUUUGAUUUUUCUUCAUCAUUUGUUUCAUUUUUUUCCAACAAUUUGUAUUAGCAUCAUGAUAACAACAAUCUUUAGUGUCUUCUUUGUGUCCACAUAUUUGUCCAAGUUCAUCACUUUUACAACAUAAAUGAUAUUUAUUAGUAUCACACUGUAUGACUUUAUUUCCUUUUUGUAAUUUUAAUUCAUCUUGUGAUGAUGGAGAUGGUGGUGAUGAUGACGAUGAUAAAGUAUUUGCUUCCAAUGAUUCAAAAUAUUCAGCAGCUUCUUCAUCACUUAUUCUUGCUUGUCGUUUCAAACUAUUUCUUUUUCUUUUUUUAAAAUCAAUUGAUGAUGUUUCGUUAUUUAUCAAACCAUCACUUGAUCUUCUUUCAUCAUUAGCCGAAUUAUUAUUAAUCAUUGUAUCUGUUGUUGAUUUUUUUAACUCACAAAAACUAUCACUUGAUCUU